UGACGUUUGCGUGCAUCAACAAAGCAACGUGCGUUUGUCGACACGGAAAAGGUUUUAUUAAGCAUAGAAUAUGGAGAAUAGUUGUAAAAACUUUGAAUUUUGUGCCGCAUUUCUCAAAAACCACGGAUACGCGAAAACAGCUUGGAAAACCGCGUCCCCAAUGCUUUGCAUUCAAUUGUCAAAUUCUCAUCUUUUUUCUAAAAUCCGCGAGGGCAGUUGUUCUACAUCACACCACCUUUCUAUUUAAAGUACCUUGGUCGCGCUCACGGAACUGGCAAUAUUUACAGCAUCACACGGAACAUGAAUAUUUUGCCAAAAAAAAAGUGGCAUGUUCGAACUAAGGACAAUAUCGCACGCGUACGACGCGAUGAAGCAAAAGCAGCAGAGGAUGAAAAAGAGCGUCUACGACGGGUGGCCCUUGCAGAUCAAGAAGCUCGCACGGAGCUACUUCGACAAAAAGCCCGAGGAAAUCGGAGUAAUAUUUCCAGCCCUUCUACAAGUUCUCGGGCAACUCCGCAUGAACAUGUAAAUUUUUUCGUUGAACUUGAGGAAGGCAAGCAUGUAGGAGUUAAACGGAGCAAUGCUGACAAUGAAAAGGAAAAAAAGGAACAGCAAGAGAGUUACGAGAAACAGAUAGGUUAUCUUACAUAUCUGGGCCAGGACACCAAUGAAGCCCUUGGCAAAAAAGAUUGGUACGACACGCUUCCCAAAAAACAGGAUACAUUCGACAAUCAUGGACAGCUUGUUGAACUAGACGAGAAGAAAAAAUAUUUUUAUGAUCCCCUCAAUGUGAUAAGAAAAAAUGUUCCUUCUGCCAGUUCAUCGGGUUCGCAAAGUAUAAGAACAAACGUGUCGCAGAACCAACAGAAUGUACAAGGCCGGGCGCAUCAUGUAGAGACAGUAGAGCAGAAAGUGCAACGUAAAUAUCGAACCAAUUCAAUUGAAUCAGAGAUAUUAGAAAAGAAAAAGAAACGCAAAUGUUCACACGACAGAGAACGUAAACAUAAAAAACGUAAGUAUGAUAAGUACUAUGAAACCGAUGAUACAGACGAGGAAGAGGCCCACCGACUAGCGACUAGUAGCAAAGCGACUAGUAUCGAAAUAAUGCGCCAAGAACGAAUCGCGCGAGAGUUGGAAGAGAAAGAAAGGUCGAAGAGAAUACUGGAUCGAGUCCAAGGAUCCAAUCAGUUGAAAGAUUUGGAACCAACUAGGGUCUCUUUAGCAGAUAGUGCACCUCGUCAAAAGUACAACUCUCAAUUUAAUCCGGAAAUAGCAAAACAAAACUUUUGACUGCGUCAAUAGGUCAGUCACUUUCUUGGCUACUUCAACAUAAACUAAAAUACAGUAAACACGCAUCCUUAAACUAACUAUACAUCAAAUUUGUACGAGUUUAUAUCAUAACAUAUUUAAGGACGGGCGUGCCAUAUUUAAGGACGGGACUACCGCUUGCAAUCUAUGGAACCAAUAUCAUUAAUCACAUCUACUCUGAAAAUUAAUAGAAGAACCAGUUUGAAAUUGAACCGAGUAUGCCGGAGGAACCAUUUGGUUUAUUUCAAAUGUUAUAUAAUAUUGCGAUAUUAAA